UCAGGAGUAAUUAUACUCAAUAAUUACCACUAAUUACCAAUAAUGUCAGAUCAUAGUUCCUAUGGCAGCAUUUCACCAUAUCCAAGAUAACAAAUGUCAAGAUUAAUUAUACUCAACAAUUACCAAUGAUUUAAACUCAAACUCUAUGACAGGCUUUCAAAUAACAGCGUUAAUAACCGUGACAGAGAGCACCAGAAAAAUAGAGGACCCCGUCGGCGAGUUCAUUAGCGCCCAACGGAAACUUUCGAAAGAUAAAAUUCAAACUCGUUCGCGAAUCGACUGCGGGAGCAAUUCCGUUCCACCGGGACGGAAACGAUGAAAUCCCGCGGUUUCCUUGCGCACCGUCGCGCGAAGUUUUCCGCGCGGCGACGGGCCGCGACGUUGUCGUCGACGGUCACGCGAGUCCCCGUCGACCGGCCGAUCCAGAUUUCCCCGAUCGGCGGUCAGUGAAAAUGAACGGCUGCGGAAGAUAGCCGGGCAAAGGCGAAUGCUCAUCAUAUAAGGCACGCUGCUGGAGGGAGGUGUCAGUUGGAAAGUGCCAGCUCUCGCACGAGGAACGAGAAACGGAAGGUUUCGCUCGGCUAUCGAACAUGGGGCCGACGCUGCGCUCGUUGAUCCUCGUCGCGAUCGCGUUUUCCGGUUUGGCCGCACGGGGGAAAGAGAAAUCGGCGGCGGGGACGCCGUGUAUCGACGAUCACAAGUUCUAUCGGAAUCCGAACGCGCCGGCCCGCGAUGUCUGGUCGCCAGCCGAGUGCGCCAAGUAUUAUCUUUGCUUGGAGAACGAGGUGUUCGAGUUCCGGUGCUCGCAGGGGUUGCUGUUCGACGUGUCCAGGCAGAUAUGCGACUUCAAGGCGAACGUUGACAACUGCGACGUCACCUCCGAGACUCAGCCACCUAGGCCGCUCCUCGAGAAAGGUGAUUGCGAAGAGAAGCACUUUGCCUGCGGUGAUGGCACCUGCUUCCCAGCCGGCUACUUCUGCGACGGAAGCGUCGAUUGUCCUGACGGGUCGGACGAAGGCUGGUGCGACGUCCGGAACGAUCCAAACGGAGCGCCUCCCUGUGACCCAAAGAAAUGCCAGCUGCCGGAUUGCUGGUGUUCCGAGGACGGUACACUAAUUCCAGGCAACUUGACGGCGACGGCUGUCCCGCAGAUGAUAACGAUCACCUUCGACGACGCGGUCAAUGCAGAGAAUUUUGAGCUGUACUCUAAGAUAUUUUCGGAAGACAGGAAAAAUCCCAACGGGUGUCCGGCACGAGGGACUUUCUACAUCAGCCACCAGUACACCAAUUACAGGGACGUGCAAUAUUUGUGGAACGUCGGGCACGAGAUUGCGGCGCAUUCCGUCACGCACCGGGGACCUGAAGACUGGUGGGCCAAGAACGCGACUAUAGAGGACUGGUUCGACGAGAUGGUCGGCGUGGCGAAUAUCAUCAACAAGUUCGCUGCGGUCCGGCUGAAAGACAUCAAAGGUCUAAGAGCACCGUUCCUACGCGUCGGUUGGAACCGCCAAUUUUUAAUGAUGUCGGAAUUCGGGUUCGUGUACGACUCCUCGAUGCUGGCUCCUUUCUCUGAUCCGCCGUUGUGGCCGUACACGCUGGACCACAAGGCACCGCACGAUUGCGUGGGUACCGAGCAGCUUUGCCCAACUCGCGCGUAUCCAGGUCUCUGGGAACUACCAUUAAAUCAACUUUUGGCAGGUGAGUACAGUUGCACAAGGCUGGACUCGUGCACGUCGGAGCUGUCGCCGGAGGACGUUUACAAAAUUCUGAUGCUGAACUUCAAGAGGCAUUACCUUAGCAAUCGCGCACCGUUUGGGUUGCACCUUCACUCUUCGUGGUUUCAGAACUCCAUGUACUUUUACGCUUUCACGAAAUUCAUGGACGAUGUCCUCAAAUUGAACGACGUGUACUUUGUGACGAGUCAUCAAGUAAUCGAGUGGAUGCGCAGUCCAACACCGUUGAGCGAGAUCCAGAGGCUGUGGCAAUGCGGCUCGCGUCAACUCCAGGCGUACGAAGUCGCCUGCGAUUUACCUAGUAGUUGUAAAUUACCGAGCAGAGUGUUGAAGUCGUACCGGUACCUGCACACCUGUUUCGAGUGUCCCAAAGAGUAUCCAUGGUUAAGGAACGAGUUCGGUUUAGAGUGAGUCCCGCGGGGGCGUCCAGUUACAUUGCCAUGUUUAAAUUAUGCCUGUACUUUACGCGGGAGAAUGGAGUUAUUUAUUCGUAAAAGACUUGCACGCGUAUCUUCUAAGAAAAACAUAUCUAUUUACUGUAUAAGUUUACAUAGAUCACAUGUCAAAUAAAUUACGUCCAUUUCCAUUACAAAAAGUUUUCUGCCGUUGCGUUGUGUGGAUCCAAGUGUCCGCAAGAUUAUGUUCCUUUAAAUGCUAAAAACCUUAAUUAAUGGAGGAGUGGAUUCGAUUAACCUUCUUGCUGUAUGAAAGGGUUCUGAAUGGACUCCAUUCCAUCCACUGGACAAAUAAGUACCACAGACGUGCCCCUGCACACGACCAGACCUAACAUACGGGUGUCCUGAUUCAGCUUGUAGGG